UGCUCAGUCUCUUGCUACCCAGGAAGAGUUAAGUUCGAUGCGCUGCCAGCUCUGCAGACUGUUUGGAAUAGUUUAAAUGCUUUGACACUGGGUCUGUACAGGAUGGCAGGGAGGCAGUUUACUGGGUAAUUCAUAUGCAAAACUGCACUAUAAAUUUCCAAGCUGUCUCAGUUGCCGUGGCACCACGAAGCAUUUCUCCACGUACAGUACAGUAUUUCUGCCAUCUUUGUUUGCAUUGCAGUGAGUCAUCAAAAGUCUGUCUUGCACCAACACCCGGAGCCGUGCAUUCCUCUGGCACCAACGCGCCACUGUUUUUAAAGCUGGGGCUGGGAGCUGGCAUUUACUUCAGCUCCCAAAUCAAAGGCGGCUAUUCAUUCCCGAGAGCUGCCUGGAUGUUCGUCUGCAUCCGGCUGCUUCAUUGAGAUGCUGCGCGCUGCCCGGGAGAGCCGGCCUGGGUGCAGCUGAGCUGCGGCCGCCGAGCCCAGCGCCCAGCUCUCUGCCACCCCCACCCCUCCUGCAGGGCUCCUCACGCCCUCCCCACCUCAGGGUUCCUUGCUGCAUUCCCCGAGCAGCUGGCGGGCCGGUGUGCGGGAGCCUGCUGCCAGGCUGAGUGGGCAGUGUCUGCCGCCGGCCACAGCCGCUAAAGAUGUGCCUCAUCCAGGCUGCCCCACGUUGAGUCUAAGACCCACCCACCACAGCACCCACCAUGUCUCAGAUGCUGCACAUCGAGAUCCCCAACUUCGGGAACACAGUGCUUGGCUGUCUCAACGAACAGCGCCUGUUAGGCCUCUACUGUGAUGUGUCCAUCGUGGUUAAAGGCCAGGCCUUCAAGGCCCACCGUGCAGUCUUGGCCGCCAGCAGCCUCUAUUUCCGAGACCUCUUCAGUGGUAAUAGCAAGAGUGCAUUCGAGCUGCCAGGCACUGUGCCGCCUGCUUGCUUCCAGCAGAUUCUGUCCUUCUGCUACACAGGUAAGCUCACCAUGGCGGCCAGUGAGCAGCUCGUGGUCAUGUACACAGCCGGCUUCCUGCAGAUCCAGCACAUCGUGGAGCGGGGCACAGAUCUCAUGUUCAAGGUGAGCUCACCCCACUGUGACUCGCAGACCACCAUGAUUGAAGAUGCCAGCUCAGAGCCCCAAAGUCCCUGCAACCAGCUGCAACCGGCUACUGCUGCCUAUGUCACGUCUCCUUCUGUGCCCAUCCCGCUUCUGACCCGUGUAAAGCAUGAAGCUAUGGAGAUGCCACCGGCCACUGGCCCAGGCCUGGCUUCCAAACGCCCACUGGAGACGGGCCCUCGAGAUGGUGUGGCAGUAGCUACGGGUGCUUCAGGGACACCUGGCACAGCCCCUCUGAAGCUGCCUCGAGUCUCCUACUAUGGUGUGCCAAGCCUGGCCACUCUCAUCCCCAGCAUCCAGCAGGUACCCUAUCCCCAGGGGGAGCGGACCAGUCCUGGGGCCAGCAGCCUGCCCACCACUGACAGCCCCACCUCCUACCACAAUGAGGAGGAUGAGGAAGAUGACGAAGCCUAUGACACCAUGGUGGAGGAGCAGUAUGGCCAGAUGUACAUUAAGGCCACAGGAAACUAUGCAGUGCAAGAGAAACCAGAGCCAGUGCCCCUGGAGAGCCGCUCCUGUGUCCUCAUCCGUCGAGACCUGGUGGCACUUCCUGCCAGCCUCAUCAGUCAAAUUGGGUACCGCUGCCACCCAAAGCUCUACUCGGAGGGAGAUCCUGGAGAGAAACUGGAGCUUGUAGCAGGCUCCGGGGUCUACAUCACACGUGGCCAGCUCAUGAACUGCCACCUGUGUGCAGGAGUAAAGCACAAGGUCCUUCUGCGGAGGCUCCUGGCCACCUUCUUUGACAGAAACACACUGGCCAACAGCUGUGGCACUGGCAUUCGCUCCUCUACCAGUGACCCGAGCCGAAAGCCACUGGACAGCCGAGUCCUGAAUGCCGUGAAACUGUACUGCCAGAACUUCGCUCCCAGCUUCAAAGAGAGCGAGAUGAACGUGAUCGCCGCAGACAUGUGCACCAAUGCUCGCCGAGUCCGCAAGCGCUGGCUGCCCAAGAUCAAGUCCAUGCUGCCAGAGGGCGUGGAGAUGUACCGCAGUGUCAUGGGCGCGUCGGCCGCCAGCCUGCCCCUGGACCCCGAGUUCCCGCCUGCUGCCUCACAGGUGUUUGAGCAGCGCAUCUAUGCCGAGCGACGGGGCGAUGCCGCCACCAUCGUGGCUCUGAGAACUGAUGCUGUGAAUGCUGAUCUGAGCACUUCGGCCAACCCUGCCUUUGAGGCUAAUGAGGAGGUGGAUGGGGCUGGCUCCGUUAUCCAGGAGGUGGCUGCCCCCGAGCAGCUGCCUGCUGAUGGCCAGAGCUCUCCUCAGGCCUUUGAGCAGGGCAACACCAGCUCCAGCAGGCCUCAGACACCAGUGGCCACAGCAACAAGAAGGCCAGAGGGCACCUAUGCAGGGUCUUUGUAAGUGGCCGGCAAGGCCGACUCACAAGGGACCGAGUACUAAAGCUGCUUGCAUGCAUUACUAAUACAAACAAAUGUGAUCAAGCCACUUACCUACUGAACUGCUACUGCUGCCUGACAAAAAUGUGAUUUUUAUUCUGCCUGUAUUUAAAAUGGAUGAAGGAAACAAAUGCAUUCAUUAUACUGUAAACAUUUAGGCCGCUGGCCACGCUCUGAGGGACAAAGGUCCCAGGGCAACUUUUUGAUAUUCCCCAGCUCAGUCUCCCAUGGUAGUACUCUCUUUCCCUUCUUGGGGAGGUAGAAGAGGCCACCAGGUCCCUGAUGUCCUGCCCUGACCCUGCCUCAUCCGCCUUUCCUAUUCCUCCUGCUCUGAAAGCAGAAGCUGGGGCAGCAGUGGCCUGGGCUGGAGGGGCAAACACAACACUCCAUUCUUACCCAUAUGAACCCCACUGGGAUAGUGGGGGGAGUGCUGGGACCCCAGAGGCCAGGCUUCUCUUGUUUUCAUUCCUCCCAGGAAGCCGCUUGUGUGUGUGUGUGUGUGUGUGUGUGUGUGUGUGUGUGUGUGGAGAGAGAGAGAGAGAGAGAGAGAGAGAGAGAGAGAGAGAGAGAGAGAGAGAGAGAGAGAGAGAGAAAGAGAAAGCAGGAAGACCAGUGAUGGCCCUGCAGUAGCUAUGGGUGGUCACCUGGGGGUGGGGGAAACAUGAGGUGUUCCCCUCUCCAUACCUGCAUCCUCACUCUGCUCUACCCAGACCCCCAGCGGCUGGCCUGCUGACCCCCCAGGGUCUCUCUGCCCCUGGCCAUGGCUGCCCUCACCACCCUCUGCCUCUCCAGCCACUCUGGGAUUUUGCUUGUUUGCUGUUUUUGUUUAGUUCAGACAUAUUUUGUUUGUGGUUUGGAAACUUUCAGACCGAACAGAGGAAAAAAAAAAAAAAAGAAAAAAGAAAAAGAGAAAAAAAAGUGAGAGACUAGUGGCCCUGUCCCCAGCCUGCUGCGGAUUGGGCUGAAAACAUGCCCAUAACUCCCACCUUGGCCUCCCAUUGGAGGCAGAGGGGGCUCAGGAAAGAAGAGCUGUGUACAGCCAAGCUAGGCCCCUGUGGGCCUGGCUAGCAGGGCACUGCUGCCUGGGAUGGUCCCAUCGCUCACUGUGGGUACCCUGUGUAAUUGGUGGCAGGUACAGGCCCUACAAGCCUGGGCCAGGGAAGUUAGCAGGUGUGGAUCUCACUGGGGACCAGAAACUUAGAGUAUCAUGAGGAUGGCACCUUCAGGGGACCGUUGAGGACAGCUGGCGGGCUCAAAGCUGUCGCUUUAUCAUUUUGAAGUGUGGGAUAUGCUCCUGAGACCACUUACCCAAGUGUCUCCUCUUGGACUCUUGUCUGAGGACUGCCUGCCUACCUGCAAAACCUAGCAGCCACUGAGGUGCCCAAGGACACUCACCAUAACAAACUUGAGAGGUCUAAUCCCUAUCCUGUGUAUCUUGAGUUUGCUGCCCUAUGAACCCCUCCUGUGUGCCCACAGGCUGAGCAAUCUUUUCCCCAUUUGGAGGGUAGGAGACCUGAGGUGUAGUUUAGACUCCGUCUGUAUCACCUUCUUUUAUUUUUCAGGCACUUCCCUGUCUUGGGGGCCUCACAGGUAGAACCCAUACUCUGCUGACUAUACAUGUCAAAACAUGUAUAUAUCAUAUCUUCCCCCUCCCCUCUUCUGAAAGACCUGUGGUAUGGGAAAGGGAAGGGGCAUCGUGGCAGGAGCUGUGGGAACUGAGCUCAGCCCCUCCCCCUGCUCCUUGGUAACCCAAGGCUUGCAUUCCUAGGGCCAGUUCAGAGGCUAGCUAAUGCCCAGCUCUGGAACUAGCUGCCCAGAGAUGAACCUCUCACCUCUCCCAUUUCCAUCUUAGUCCUAGGUAGGGUGGAACCCUAGCCAGCCCUUUAGUGACUUGGACCAAACCCUCCUGGUGCUGGGUGAAGACCAUAGAACUGUAGAGGGUAUGACAGGAUUGGGGGCAGGGCUGUGCCCUUCCCCUCUGGAAUAUCCCUUCAUCUGCUUCCCCCACCCAAAUUUGCACUUUAAUUUGACCAUCCUUGGGGACCUCUGGGAGACAAAGCCACCUGUUUUGGUUGGUGGUAGAAGGGCUCUUUCUCAUCCUUCCACUCCAAGAUGGGCAUGGUCCCCACCCUGGGCUAGCAUAGGGAAGGUAGUGCUGGCCAUUUCAGGAGACAGUGGCCUCACAGAAUGCCUGACCACUGCUUGGGCUAGCACAAUGUCCUCAACCUAUGUCCCUUAGUGUUUAUAAUUGCCAUCUGUUUUGUUCUGGGUAAGGAAGGCAAGAGCUAUAGGUAAAACUUCAAUAAUAUUAAAUGUGAAUGGAUUCUGAGCUCUCUCUGUGCCCCGGGUGGGCCAGGCAGAGCGUUUUGCACUAAUGUGUCCCAUGGUGGACGUGGUGGGGAGCGUUUGCAGACAUGCAUGGCCAAUGACUGUACCUGCUUGGGGGGAGGCGCUCCCUCUGCAUCCUGAAUGUACUGCGAGGCAGGCGGGUGGCAGGCCUGGGCUCCGAGGGGCCUUCCAGAGUGCCUUAGCAUCUUUUGAUUAUUUUUUCCAAGGAAAACCAAUUAAAAAAAAAACAGACCCCCUCCUUUGUUUACAAGAUGACUAAUUCCAGAAUCGGGGUUGUCUUGUCCUGUUAUGUGACCCUGACUCGUCCAGACCUUAUAGGUGAGAGCCUCUCAGCAUUUGUCAAAUGUCUACACCUCUGUUCCUAGCUUGACUACUAGCAAUAUGCACAUACUAUGUAGAGUCUAUUGUAGAAACUAUUGCUACAUCAGCAUCUUUGCCAUGAGGACAGUCGGGACUGAAUCGGGUUGGAGCUGCUGGGGCAAGGCUGGAUCCAGCCAUUACUCUUCUGUCCUCCCAGAGCAGACAAUAGUCUGCUGAGACGAAUAUAGCAGGUCCAGGGCGAGGGACCAGAGACAGGGAUGAUAGUGAGCUUGGAGGGGCUGCCUGUCUGCCCGGCUGUCUCAGUACUUGAAUUCUGUAUUGUUUUCUAUACCAGUUGCUUCAGCUAACAUCUGACUUGGUGUCUUACUUUGCCCUUGAAUGUGGAUGAAGCCAGCGGUGUGUGAAAGGCAAUUGAGGAGAGACUCUGAGGAGUCCUUCUGUGACUGCCUAGGAAAACUAGCUAUGUGGUGUUUAUUUAGAACCUAAAGGAAGGCAGAAGAAAGUGGCAGUGAGGGCUGGCAAGCUGACAGGGCCAGUCUCCUCUAAGGGACUGUGGCGUGCCUGGUGCUACCUGGUUCAACAGCAGGAACUUCCUAAGCCCAGUGUUAUCCAAGUCUUGCUCUGCCCCACUGUUCCUUGCUUGGGUUCCCUAAGAUGUUGAUUCUUAGCUGAUGGGGGAAGGGCAGAUGGCCCAUCAGCCAGCUGAAAACUCGAAAGACCCUGUUAGAAUCUGCUUGUUGUGGAUCCCAAAUUGGAAUGGCGACAAGCAUGUGACAUCUCAGCUUUACCCACUGCUUGGAAUGGUGCUGCUGCCGUGUGGUUCUGCAUGUCAGGCAGCCCAGCCUGUGCUGCUAGAAGAAGGGCUCACUACAAAGUGUUUCAAAAGCAGCAAAGGUGUUUGCUUUGUUUUGUUUUCCUAGAAAAGGAAAAGGAUGCAGGAUCUAAACCAUUCUGAUUCAGUAGCCUCUGCUUGUGUCCCACCAGUCGCCUCAUUGCAAGCAUUUUGCACACAAUUGUGAUUUUUAUGUCAAAAGAAGCCAAAAUUUGCAAUACUAUUUUUAGCAGACAAAAAGAGAACUCAGUAUAAAAUGUAUAAAUAUUUUUGACUUGAACAUUUUGUGUGGCUCUGGGUACAAGAAGAACAUUUAUUUAUCCCUUAAGUGGGAUGUUUGGAGAAAAGGACCCGAGGAAGAGGGUUGUUUUGAAGGCACUGUCCAGGGGUUAAAGUCACAUCAUAACUCAUGACUGUUAGAAAAUAAGUUAAUAAAGUCAGUUGCUCCCCUACCUCUAAGGAGGCCUUCACAGAACCGCUGAGCUAGAGCAAACACCACAUCUUGGCUUUCUUUCGUUUUAGGGAGGAGGAGGCUUUGUUUUUUGUUGUUUUUGUUUUGUUUUGUUUUUGUUUUUUUUUUGUCCCUCCAGAGUCCUCCUCUAUCAGUGCUGUGACCCUGUAGUGACAAGACUGUUACUUUGUAGCCAUGGCUGAAAACAUUGUAUUAAUAACAACAACAACAAAUUAAAAAAAAAAAAACAGCAAUGUCUGCAAGCUGACCAGGGAAACCCGCGAGCUGUGAGCCUGUGCUCAGAGCUGUUUCAGAAGUGGAAAUCCAUGACAAAAGGAUGUCAUCAUUAAUUGUAAAGUGCUUUGUAAAGUUCACAUUUACAGAAUAAUAAAGUCAAUUCAAACCCA